AGAAUUCAUUCUGGAUGCAAGGACUGGCAGAACCACAGGAACACACAAACCCUGACUCUCUGUCUCAUGUUCUAGGAAUUAGCCGACCUACAGAGGGACCCACCUGCCCAGUGUUCUGCGGGACCUGUGGGUGAUGAUUUGUUCCACUGGCAGGCCACCAUCAUGGGCCCGAAUGACAGUCCUUACCAAGGAGGCGUGUUCUUCCUGACCAUCCACUUCCCUACAGAUUACCCUUUCAAGCCCCCAAAGGUUGCGUUCACAACCAAAAUUUACCACCCCAACAUCAACACCAAUGGCAGUAUCUGCCUUGACAUCCUGCGGUCCCAGUGGUCGCCAGCACUGACCGUGUCAAAAGUUCUCCUGUCCGUCUGUUCCCUGCUCUGCGACCCCAACCCUGAAGACCCUCUGGUACCAGAGAUAGCCCAUACCUACAAGGCUGACAGAGAGAAGUACAACAGGCUAGCAAGAGAGUGGACACAGAGAUAUGCCAUGUGAGUGCCUCAGGGGCUUCCCGGGAGAUGCUGUCCACAGAGCUGGCCGGGCAGAGGUCUUCCAUUAGGCUCUGAGCUGUGGCCAGCCACUUACAGACUGUCAUCUGUUCUCCACAUGAAUGCUGGCUGCCUGCUCUCUUGAGCUGCAUUGUGUCGGCAUCACACCCAGCCACUGUGGCUUUGACGACACCACGCCACUGGUGCCCAGUCAGCCUUGAGUUGUCAUGUUCUGCAGUCUCCCUGAUUACACUUGAAUCUGUCCCUCUCUAGCAGCUCAUCUGCUUGUCUUUUGGGCACUGGGCCAUGCAUGUGUCCCUGCCUGGCCUCAAGCAGUGCCACUGCCCACCAUGGCACCAUAUGGGGCCUCAGCCCACCCCCUUGCCACAUGCCCUUUGGCUGUUAAACUCAGGGCUGCCCUGGGUGCCCAGGGCAGAAUGGGCUCUCCUCAUACCCCAUCUGCCACAGAAGCACAUCCCCAGCAGUCUCAGCUCAUCCUGGAGGCGCUGGGAGCUGGGAACAGUAUCCCCAUAGGUCCUCCUUGGCAGGGCAGUAUGCUGGCCUUUAUCCCUCAUGCCAAGAAGGAGCAGCAAGUGGUAAUGUUGGAAUAUGAAGCAUGUCAUGCCCCAAGAGAGACACCUGUCUCUAGGAGCAAGAGCACAAUUAAGAGACCCAGAUAGACUUGGGUUACAUGUUUCUCUGUGAUGAGGUUUUUACCAUCCUGCCUCCUCCCACCAGGAUCCUGCACCAAGUGCAAGUGUAAGCCAUUCAUAGAACAGAACACAAGGUGGGAGAGACUCUUAACGUGAAUAAAAAUGCAAUUCACUCAUAA